UUAUCGUACGUAUUCGAUAAUCCAUUGACUGUUGUAUUUGCUGCCUUUAUGAGCAUAUUUGCGACAUUGUUCCUGGAAGGUUGGAAAAGGUAUCAUGCCGAAGUAGCCUGGAAAUGGGGCUUGCUUGAUUUUGAAGUUGAUGAGGAGACGGUACGGCCUGAAUAUCAGCUUCGUGUUAAAUAUGCAAAAACAAAACGCAUCAAUCCGAUCACGCAGCAGCUCGAGCCGUAUUUGCCACUUCGAAUUAAGUUUCUUCGCUUUCUCGGAUCCGGUGUCACCGUUUUGUUUUUCGUAAGUCUGAAUUUUUUCCUUGCAAAUUAA